AUGUACUCCAUUCCUCAUCUUGUGUUCAUCACUGUUCUCAUAGUAAUUGCUAACUCUGUUGGCUUAUUCGGAAAUCUCAAUGUGAUCAUAGCAACGAUUCGUGACACUUCCCUGCGGACAAAAGCGGGUUACUUGAUGUCAAUCCUUUGCUUCCUUCAAAUUGUCUGCUUGGUAUCCGAACUCGGAAAUCUUCGCGUUUACUGGAACAGAAUGGCAGUUGAUCAAGCAGUAAUUUUGCCCGUAUGA